AUGGCUUCUUCAAAGCUUCAAGCCUUCUGGAACCACCCUGCUGGCCCCAAAACCAUUCAUUUUUGGGCUCCAACCUUUAAAUGGGGGAUCAGCAUUGCAAACGUUGCCGACUUUGCUAAGCCUCAUGAAAAGAUAUCCUAUCCUCAGCAAGUUGUUAUUGCUUGCACUGGAAUCAUCUGGUCACGCUACAGCAUGGUUAUCACACCGAAAAACUGGAACCUUUUCAGCGUUAGCGUUGCAAUGUCCGGUACAGGCCUAUACCAGCUUUCUCGUAAAAUAAGGAAAGACUACUUCUCGGAUGAUGAAAAGGAGGCCACUGCUGCAUCACUCGAACUGGAAGCAGAAAUGGCGACUGACUCGACUUAA